UGCUCGCAUAUAGAAAAAUAAAAUUAAACAAAUAUUUGGUGAGUAAAGAAGAAAAACAGACGUUACGGUAAGAAAUUUGGUCUACCUGAUAAAGAAGAGUGUGAUAUAUCGUGGAUCACGUGACGCUACACGGAAGUGACGCAAAGUGAGUCAAAAGAGUUCAGUAAAGCAUCUGGGAGCAAAACACCAGCUAGCUAGAUUUCAUUUUACAGCCGAAGAGCACAGGAGGAGACAAACAGGCGGCCCAACAGUUAACACACCUGUGCAUAGGCAGCCAUAAUGAAUCCGGUGUACAGCCCUGCAUCAACAGGGGUCCCCUUUACCAACACUAAGGGUAUAGGCUACCCAGCUGGAUUCCCUGUCGGCUACGCUGCAGCUGCUCCGGCGUACACCCCCAGUGUGUAUGCAGGAGCAAACCCAGCCUUCCCCAGUGGCUAUGCUCCGGGCACUCCUUUCAAAAUGUCCUGCUCUCCCAACACGGGGACAGUCCCACCGUACUCCUCCUCACCCAACCCUUAUCCUGCUGCUGUGUACCCGGUCAGGAGCACCUACCCCCAACAGAACCCCUAUGCACAGGCGUUAAUACCUUCGCAACAACAAGGCCCUUAUUACACACAGCCGCUGUAUGCUGCGCCGCCUCAUGUUAUCCAUCACACAACAGUGGUCCAGCCUAAUGGGAUGCCUGCAGCCAUGUAUGCCCCGCCCAUCCCUGCUCCCCGCCACAAUGGUGUCGCCAUGGGGAUGGUAGCCGGCACCACCAUGGCCAUGUCAGCUGGAACUUUGUUGACAACGCCAUCACCAGCGCCUGUGGCCCCCCACCAAGUCACGAUGCCCACAUAUCGGCCUCCUGGGACCCCCAGCUACAGCUACGUGCCCCCGCAGUGGUGAAGGGAGGGAAGCGUGAGACGAUGGUAGAUAUGCAUUCACACUCUACUCCAGUGUUUUCUGCUAUUGGUGAAGACCUGCGGCGCCAGCGUCUGCAACCAGUUACUCUUCUUCCAGCAUAAUGUGAAUCUAAAAAAAAAAACCCACACAGAUAGAGGCCCAUUUGGAUAGUAGGGGGUGAAUAAUAGACACAUCGCCCAUGACCCCCUCGAUGGAAUAAGGCUGCAUUCCACGUCACCCCCCAGCGCCAGCACCGUUCCAACCUGCUGCAUAUCUCGCAUCAAACAGCAAAGCCUCCAUGCAAACUGUUUCAUAGACUGUCAUGCAGGUUUUUACAGCUUAAACUCUUUUAAGUGGUGAAAAGGGAGUUUGGAAUUUUUCAUUUCUUUGUUUUUUAUUUGGGGGACACAUAUGAUGUUGAAUGCAUGUGUAUAUAUAGAUAUAUGAAGUAAUGCUAGCUCAAUCUACCUGCUGUGACAGAUGCAAAAUCAUCAAAAGGCACACAUCCAAAGGAACUAAAACAGUAAUAAUCUGCAAUGCUGAACCACCAGUGACCAUGUCUUACAUGCGAAAGAAGAAAAGGCGUUUGUUCAUGCAAAAACAUACCUGCACAGAUACGUGCAGAACAAACUGUAAUAUUUUCACUGCUUUGUGUUUUAGUAAGUGAUGCUUGGUUUUUAUUCUUUAUCUCAGUGAUGCAGUGUAUGCAUUUCGUCUCACCACUUUUUUGUUUUUUAGGAAAAAGAUGAGACUUUGAGUUUCUGCGUCUGACUGGUGGCCAUUCCAACACUUAAUCAUUGCAAGUGUUUCAUUUUUCCUGCCCUGUCAAACGUCUUAGCAAAAGAGAAUCAACUUUUCCAAAAGUGUGGAGCAGCUUUUGUUCACUGCUCCAAAUAUUUCUGGGUGUUAAAACUACUCGCUUAGUUUAGCCGGGAAGCAUCUCUGGUGGGGAACAAGUAGAGGGAAGUUGUUGGAAGUCAUUUAAGAGCGUGAAUGAGUAGGCACAGUAUUGUGUGUGAGUAUAUAUGUGUGUGUAUCAAAGAGGAUUAAAAUAGAAACCAUUAAAAAAUGGUGCCAUAUAGUGCGACAUGCCUAGAAUGUUUGAGCUGUAUCUCACAAUAAUCGAUUUGUUCUUAGGUAGGUCUGAAGCACUACAUCAUUAAAUCACUGCUAAGUGUGGACAUGUUAGGAAAAACAUGACAUUGUUAAACUCUUUGUGAAUAGCACUACUGAAGCAAGGCACUAAUUCAAAACAUUUUGUAAAGAUAUCUGACCUUUUACAUUGCUGGCUGUUUUACCUCAAGGUUCCAGGCUAACACACCAAUAUCACUGUUUCAGACAUGCUUUUCUAUGUUGCCUCAGUCACCUCUAUUUUGUAAAUGUUAUUUUUGUGAUUUUGGUUCUUGUUUUGUAUUCUUAAGAAAGACCAAAAAUAAAAACAAAUAUAAGAAUAA